AUUCUGCUUCUUUUCCUGUUGAGCGACUCUUUGGCGGAUAUGCAGUCUCUUGAGAGCUGUACCAAUUCUUACCUUACACUUGAAAUCGCGAUAUCCUCUUGACUAUAAUCGACUCCAACUACAUACAAUAGCCAACUAUUCCCAGAGAACAACUCACCUGAAGCUCCUGUUGAAAGUUAGAAAACUAGCUUUCUCGAGUAAAUCUCCACGUGUCGGUUCUCGCGAGAGAUUGCGAAUCUAGGCCUUCCUAGACAUAAGAGGUAGUUUAGGCAAGCCUGUCCUUUUUCUUACACAAAGAUCCAAGAUCAUUCUACGGGAUUCGGGGAGCAUGUAAACACAGACACCACGUCUUUGCACGCCAAGUCGCCGGAUAGUAUUCCGGAAUGGCCAAGCCUUUGCUUUCUCAACUUUCGUAGCUCCUGGCAGUUACGUAGCUGCACAGGGACGCAGUAUAAGCGGUUAUCGGAACUAACAUCAAGGCAGCGUACUCUUAAAGCUCCAAUGACCUCACCAACAAAAGAACCGCGCCACUCCGCGGAAGAAGGAGCCACGGCAAGCAGCAUAUCCCAUGAUGACAAGGAGACAAGAGGCCUCUACCGGCUGGAACGCGAGCCUACAAGGGAAGAGAAAACGGCAGAGGCCCUAGCAGAGGGCCACGAUGCCGACAUACCCUCCAGCAUGGGUUACGUCCUCGACGAACGCGGCGAGGAAAAGAGGAAGCAGUCACUCGCGCUGGCUCGGACGAGAUCUCGCAAGUCCAUGGCGCGGGAGGAUGUGGAAAAGGGUGUUGGUGGUACGGCAGAGAAGGACGGCGACGGCGGCGAGAGCUCCGAAGACGAGAACAUUGUCUGGUGGGAUGGCCCGGACGACCCUGCGAAUCCGUACAACUGGCCGAGUUGGCUCAAGGUCCUCAACUGUAGCCUGAUCAGUGCCAUGACGUUCGUCACACCGCUGGCGUCUUCCAUCUUUGCCCCGGGCGUGCCGGACCUCAUGCGGGAGUUUCACAACAACAGCCCCUAUCUAGCUGCCUUUGUCGUCUCCGUCUACGUUCUAGGCUUCGCAGCCGGACCCCUGCUCUGCGCGCCCCUGAGCGAAAUCUACGGCCGCACAAUCGUCUACCACGUCUGCAACCUCUUCUUCAUCUGCUUCAACGUCGGCGCCGCCCUAGCGCCCACCCUCAACGCCCUCAUCGUCUUCCGCCUUUUCGCCGGCGUCUUCGGCUCCGCGCCCAUCACGAACGGCGCGGGUUCCAUCUCCGACAUGAUCCGCCAGGAGAAGCGCGGCGCGGCCAUGGCGGCGUUUAGUAUCGGGCCCCUGCUGGGUCCCAUCAUCGGCCCCGUGGCGGGAGGGUUCCUCGCUGAUGCGGCGGGCUGGCGAUGGGUCUUUUGGCUUAUUGUAAUCGUGAGCGGGGUUCUGAGUAUCGUCAUGCUCAUCUUUUCGAGGGAGACGUACGCGCCCAUCAUCCUUGACAGGAAGGUGAAGCGACUUCAGAAAGAGACGGGGAACCCUCUGCUGCGGUCGAAACUCGAUAUUGGACUCUCUUCGGCCGACUACUUCAAGCGAGGCAUCAUCCGCCCUAUCAAGAUGAUUGCCUUCUCCCCAAUCACCCAGAUCUUCGGCCUCUACAUUGCCGUAGUUUACGGCUACCUCUAUCUUAUGUUCACCUCCAUCACCUCAGUCUUUAUGGGAACCUAUGGCUUCAGCGCCGGCACAUCAGGCCUAGCCUUCAUGGGCCUCGGCGUCGGCUCCAUGAUCGGCGUCGUCUUCUUCAGCCUCUCCUCGGACAAGUACGUCAAGAGAAAAGCCGCCGAAGCAGACGCCGCAGCCGACGAAGCAGGCACCGUCCGCGAAGGAAUGAAGCCCGAAUACCGCCUCGUCGCCCUCCCCGCCGGCGCAGUCUUCCUCCCCGCGGGUCUCUUCAUCUACGGCUGGACGGCCGAGUACCAUAUCCACUGGUUCGUGCCCAUCCUGGGCACGGCCAUCGUCGGCAUCGGUAACCUCAUCAUCUUCAUGGCGCUGCAGAUGUACCUCGUCGACGCCUUCACCAUUUACGCCGCCUCGGCCCUCGCCGCCAACGCUGUCGUGAGAUCCGUGGCGGGAGCGACACUACCUCUUGCGGGCCUAAAGAUGAACCAGAACUUGGGCGUCGGCUGGGCGAGUAGUAUUCUCGGUUUCAUCGCUGCCGCCAUGUUACCUGUGCCGUUGCUGAUCAUGAAGUAUGGCGAGUACUUGCGCAAGCGUUUCGAGCUCAAAGACCUGUAGAUGCCGCUUUGAUUGACCACGCCAGGGAAAGCCUUCCCUAAGUUAUAGGAAAUGGAGAACUUAUAGACAUACCCAAUGUAUAUUAUUGAACAAUCCAAGUGAAGAUGACAUUGUCUUGAUGUAUGUCGAUGAUGGACCAUGGAUGGAUCCUUGAAUUGGGUUCUUCCAUUCUCGGCUUCCAUUCUGAUGAUCGCAAGACUCAUGAGAGACUUCAUGUGGUGACUAACAGUCCAUCGUAUUUGUGUCUCAAACCCAAUCCGCUGGAUAUCUUCCCGUCUGCUCAAUUCCGCAGGCAGAACUGUUAGUGACUGGAACGGGUUGGACUGGAACAGGGCGAUAGUGAUUGUGUCUUAAUGAAGUACCUUACGCUGCAACGUAAUCGCCGCCAUUUCGUUCCGUCUUGGAGAUGUCAUCUCAUUGGGACCAUUAUUCUGGGCUCUCCGCGAGAGCUUAGAUGUCGUCUGAUCGAC